AUUUGGUGUUUGGUAGUUUCACUUCUUCUCAGCGACUAUAUCCUAAAGGUGUCCCCCCCUGAAUCAGUCCGGAGUGCAACACGCUCUCUGAGUACCUAGUUCCAUCCGUCCCCACCACGGAAGAAGAGUGUUUACAAGUAAAGGACAGACAGACGGCUGUUCGCCCCCCCUGUCACUCAUCCCCAUGGCUCAAAGCAUCAGACGAGACUCCCCAGAGCUCCCAGACUUCUCGUUGCUUAAGAGGCUGGCCAGGGACCAGCUGAUCUAUCUGCUGGAGCAGCUACCCGGAAGGAAGGACCUCUUUAUUGAUGCUGACUUAAUGAGCCCACUUGAUCGUAUUGCCAAUGUUUCUACACUUAAGCAACAUGAAGUUGACAAACUCUACAAAGUGGAAUAUAAGACGAUUGUGAGCACUUCUGAUCAAUUGUGUUUUCUGAUACGUCCAAGGCUACAAUCUGUGAAGUGGAUUUGUGAUGUGGUGAACGCAGACAAAGCUGCUGGGAAAUUCAGAAGAUACAAGUUAAUAUUUACCCCUCAGAAGUUCUAUGCUUGUGAGAACGUAUUGGAGGAGCAGGGAAUCUUCGGAGACGUGACAACUGAUGAGUGGGCAUUCCAUCUCCUCCCAUUGGAUGAUGACAUCAUCAGCCUGGAACUCCCAGAGUUCUUCCGAGACUAUUUCCUGGAAGGGAACCAGCGCUGGGUGCGGACGGCUGGCAGUGCGCUGCACCUACUGCACUCCCUCUACGGCCCCUUCUCUAAGGUCUACGGGAUCGGCCGAUGUUCCAAGAUGGCGUAUGAGUCAUGGCGGGAGCAGGUAGAGGAGGGAGAACAGAAAGGUUGCGAUGGGGAGAUUGGAAGUGUUUUUCUUUUUGAUAGAGAUGUGGACUACGUCACUCCUAUGUGCUCCCAGGUGGUCUAUGAAGGGUUAGUGGAUGACAUCUUCAGAAUCAAAUGUGGGUGUGUGGAGUUUGGUCCGGAAGUUACAUCCUCUGACAAAAGUUUAAAAGUAAUGCUUAACUCGCAAGAUAAGGUGUUUAACCAAAUCCGGAAUGAGCAUUUCUCCAACGUUUUCGGGUUUCUCAGUCAGAAAGCCAAAAAUCUUCAGACUGCAUACGACAAAAGAUGUGGUAUGGACAUAAAACAGAUAAAGACAUUUGUCUCAGAAGAACUCAAAGGCUUAAAACAAGAGCAUCGGCUGUUGAGUUUACAUAUUGGUGCCAGUGAAUCAAUGAUGAAGAAGAAGACAAAGCAGGAAUUUCAAGAGCUGUUGAAAACCGAGCACUCCUUACUGGAGGGGUUCGACAUCCGGGAAUGUAUUACAUUCAUUGAGGAGCACAUCAACAGACAAUGCUCCAUGAUAGAGAGCCUGCGACUCCUCUGUCUCCUGUCGCUCACGGAAAACGGUCUACUCUCCAAAGACUACAAAUCAAUGAAGGCACAAUACCUACAGAGUUAUGGCGUGGACCACCUUCCGACCUUUGCCAACCUGAAGCAGUUGGGGGUUCUGGUGGAGCAGCCGACAGGGGAGACCCUUACCGCCAUGGAGAGCAAAGUUGGCAAGCUGGUUAACGACAGAGCUGCAGGAAAGCUGACUGAUGCCUUUUCCUCUUUGGCGAAGAAGAGCCAUUUCCGAGCCCUAAGUAGGAGACUAAACUUGGUGCCCAAAUCGGAUGAGGAAUACGACUUGCGUGUUCCCAAAGACAUGGCCUACAUCUUCAGCGGGGCUUAUGCGCCGCUCAGCUGUAAACUCAUCGAACAGGUUUUGGAGCGAGAUGGAUGGACUGGCUUGGAAGAAGUCACCAGGUUACUCAAUGGCCAGGAAUUCGCAGCCUCAGGCUGCAGUGAGGCUGACGGGAAGGCAAGGAGCGACACUCAGAGGACCAUCCUGGUCAUGUUCCUCGGGGGAUGCACCUUCUCCGAGAUCUCGGCCCUACGUUUCCUUGGCAAAGAGAAAGGUUAUAAAUUCAUCAUUGUUACGACAGCCAUCACAAACAGUGCCAGACUCAUCGAGGCAUUGUUGGAUAACCGUGCAUGAGUCCAGACAGCUGCUCUAUUUUAGGAAAAACUUUGCUAUUGCAUUGUAUUGCAUCAUGGACAGAAACUCAAAGAUUCCUGCCACUGUAAAGGAUGUGAACCACCUGCGGGACCACUGGCAUUACUGAAUGGACUUAUUGCUUCUGAGGCGCACUCUUGGAUUGAUGUAAAAAAAGGAUACUAUGAACUGAAUGUGAAUAAAUGUUUUAAUAUG